AUGUAUCGCAGGGUGUGUGUGCUGGCAGCGGUGCUAGUGUUGGCUCUUGUCUCCCUGGGCUGGGCCUGCCCCAGAACGUGCAACUGUUACCAGGCCAACGAGGUCCACUGCACCUUCCGCUCACUGCUCGCCAUACCCCCUGGCCUGCCUGCACACACACUGCGCAUAAACUUAGGGUUCAACAGCAUCAGCAGGAUCCCUGACAAGUCACUGGCUGGGCUAAAGAGGGCAGAGCUGCUGAUGCUUCACGGCAAUGACUUCCACCAGCUUCCAGACGGAGCGUUUCAAGAUAUGAAAUCACUACAGAUAUUAAAGCUGAGCUAUAACAAGCUGAAGGAGAUCUCUUCAUCUCUCACCUUCGCUGGUCUGACCUCCCUUCUGCGCCUCCACUUGGACCACAACCUCCUUCAGUACAUCAACCCCAAGGCCCUGCUCCAGCUGCCUAGCCUCCGGCUGCUUCGUCUGCAAGGGAACAGGCUGCAUCAGCUGCACCCUCACAGCCUGUGCACACUGUCCCUCCUGAAUACAUAUUACUACUCUACACUCAGACACCUAGAUCUGUCCAACAACAGUCUAACCACUCUGCCCAGAGAAACCCUGGUGACAGCGCCCCUGCUGGAGACACUGGUGCUGCAGAGUAACCCAUGGAGUUGUGACUGUAGGAUGAACUGGUUUCUCCACUGGAGUCUGGCUCACUCAGGCCUAAUGAAGUGUUCCAGAGGUCCGCAGUGUCCAGUCUGCACUUCACCCAUUUCCCUUCAAGGGCAAGGCUUGCACCAGCAGAGUGAACUAACAUGCGUCGCACCCAUAAUCUCCUCCCCUGGAAGAGACCCUCCUUCUGAGGCAGACCUCAGUGAGAUCCAAGCAACUGAAUCCUUCAGAGAGCCUUUAGGCACUGCUUUGCUGGGUCUGUCCGACGAACAGGGACACAACGUCAAUCUGAAUUGCAACGUGUCUCGACCUACAAACUCCCCGGAUGUUUCACCUCACCCCGAUCUCUCCCUUUCCUCUUCUUCUCCUCUCUCCCUUGCUUUAUCACUGUCCCUGGAUUGCCCUGUAGAGAGAGAGAGCUACGAGGGACUUUGGAGGAUCUUGGCUUACUACAGUGAGACAGCCGUUCACCUUGAGAGGGAGAUCAUGCUGGGUAAAGCCCCUGCACUGGCUUACCGUUACAGGCAGACAGCAGAGACAGAGGGCUACUACUACACUGGAGUUAGAGCUUCAGUCAAAGCCCAGCCACACUGGCUACUACAGCCAGCUGUCAGCAUUCAACUUAACAGAGCACAGUCCAGCAGGAAUAGAGUUCAGCUUCUGCUGUCAACAAGAGUAUCUACUCAUCCUGACCCUAUUGCUCAUACCUCCUCCUCCUCAUCGUCCUCAUCCUCUCGUUCCCCUCAGCCAUGGGUGCUGAUAACAACGAACAACACCGCCACAUCACUGGCAGCAGUAGCUGGCAGCAGGAUAGAGCUACCUUGCCAUGUUCUCAAUUCUGGUAACCGCAUGGUACAGUGGGUUCUCCCAGACGGAUCAAAACUCAUGUCUCCCUCCAGCACCCCAGAUGGUAGGCUCCGGGCCUUGGCCUCUGGUUUACUUGUGCAGAAACUGGAGCUGUCAGAUGCUGGGCUGUACCAUUGCGUGGCCCGGGCUGGUCGGGAUGCUGAUGUUCUCGCCCUACGCUUGGCAGUGGAGGAGUCAUCUGCUCCACCGUCUGGAGAGCAAGUGGGACCUUCUGUCACAGGAAUGGUGGGAGAGGCUGUCAGGCUGCCCUGCGAGGCAUCUGGUUCACCAACACCUGAUAUCAGUUGGGUGUUACCAGAUGGGUCUAUAAUACGGCAGGGCUUAGCUGUGUCAGGUGGACUCACUAUACAGCCAAAUGGAAGUCUGUCUCUAUCCAACCCUUCUCUGAAUGAUGCUGGCCAAUACCGGUGCAUGGCAGUCAACCAAUAUGGCGCUGACUCAUUUUCCAUGCAGCUGCACUUGAACUUCAACCCACGGCAUACACCACCGGUCAGGACUUCAUUCCCCAAAGGGCCGCAGCCAGCUGCUGGCCGGUCGACCCGGAUAAGAGCCCCAUUGCUAAGACAGAGUUUUUUGGAGGAAGGGUCGGGGGAUGAAGAGGAAGAGGAAGAAAGGAUUCCUACUGGCAAUAAGAGGCGUCCAAGGCCACCACCACCUCUAAACAGGCGUUAUCCAAUCGGACAUCCCCGAAGACGUGGGCCAGGGAGAAUGGGGCCCCUGAGAAGAGGAGGGGGGGCGUUAUCCCCCACUGAACAGAGGAGAAACCGCUUUGACAACAGACAUAGAAUUAGCCCGACCAAACAGAGGAUAGACCCUCAGAAAUGGGCUGAUCUACUGGCUAAGAUACGCCAAAGGACUGCCGUCAAUAAUUCCAGCCAGCCCAUCUCAGCGGGAGAACCCACAACUGAACCAACAGGAAGAGAGGAAGAAGAGACUGAUACAAAAAGAGAAAGAGUGGAAGGAGAGAGUGAUCUAGGGAGAGGUGGUGGUGAGGGAGCCAGUGCUGGAGAGAAAGGAACUGCGGAAGUUGAAACAGAAGGAUCAUCCAUUGAUGACACCAGUCUACAAGAGGAAGGCCUACACCCAGUUCACACCAUUCACUCAGAAACCCGAGAGAUAACAACAGACACCAAAACAGGCACAGAGAUAGAGAAAGGCACAGAGAGCAGUCCCCAGUACGACUACGACUGCCACCACUACUGCAGAAAUGACUGCAGCUCCAUCAACCGCUGCUCUUCCAAUCAUGAAGAGAGACCAAGCCUGGGGCAAGUUGAUCCCAGAGGGAGGCCUGUUUCUGGGGUCCCAAGUCAGAGCAGACCCCUUCCUGACUGGAGGAACCCAGGAGCUAAUUCUAUUCCUGAUUCACACAGCAGCAGGCCACGCCUAUCCUCCGCUCCGUCCCUCCCUGCCUCACCUGGGAACUCUGCUGGCAGGCCUGACCAGACCAACCCGUUGGCUCCACCACAAGUGCCAGUUGUGAGAUCCAGACCGAGGAUCGCAGACCCCCACAUCAGGACGGUGUCGGUCCCAGCAGAGAGCACUGCUAGACUGACCUGUGAGACUCAGGGAGAGCCAAAACCCUCCAUCACAUGGACCAAAGUCUCUACAGGAGCAGUGAUGUCAGUCAACUCCAGGUCUCAGCGUUUUGAGGUUCUGCCAAACGGUACCUUUGUGAUCCAGAAUGUUCAGCUGCAGGACAGGGGGACGUACAUCUGCAGUGCACACAGCUACCUGGGACGUGACAGGAUGCUCACCACCCUGGAGGUGUGGUCCCGCCCCCCUCGGAUGAAGCUGGCCAAUUACAGAGAAGCUACCAUUCACCAGGGCGGAGAAGUGCGCCUGGACUGCCAGGCAGAUGGUGUUCCAACCCCUCUGCUUUCUUGGGUUCUGCCUGACCGCACUGUGGUGACCUCCACUAACCCGUCCCAUAGUCGGAUCACCAUGCUCACAAAUGGAACUCUCUAUAUCUCAGCAACGAUACCUAGUGACCGGGGCAUGUAUCGCUGCGUGGCUUCCAACUCGGCAGGUGCUGCCAGUGCCUCUGUGCGUGUGCACGUGUCCUCUUUGCCUCCCAUGAUACAGCAGCAGCGAGAGGAGCACUUGAUUUUAACUGCGGGGAUGCCUGUUUAUGCCCACUGCUCUGCCCGAGGUGCCCCGACUCCCACACUGCGCUGGCGAAUCCCUGAUGGGACCCUCGUUCGACCAUCCCAAUUUCUCCAUGGCAACCUCUUUGUCUUGCCCAAUGGGACACUGCACAUUCAAAAGCUUGGGCCAAAGGACUCAGGGAGUUACGAGUGCAUGGCAAGCAAUGCUGUUGGGGCUGACAAGAGAACAGUGAGGGUGGAAGUGAAAGAGGGGGCCCGUAUCGUCUCCACCUCGGCCUCCAUCACUACGGUCCAGUAUGGGAGCGGUUUGAUGCUCCACUGCUCAGUAUCUGGCAACCCUCCACCCACCAUCAUCUGGAGGACACCCAACAGGAAACUGGUGGAUAUGCACUUCAGUUUUGACCAGCGUCUGAAGGUCCAUCCUAAUGGAAGCCUGUCGCUCCACGCAGUAACAGAGAAGGAUGCUGGAGACUACCUCUGCAUCGCACGCAACAAGGUUGCCGAUGACUACCGUCUCAUCCGUGUGUCUGUGGCUACCAAACCUGCCAAGAUUGAACCCAAGCAGCCAUCCAAUCACAUGGUGUCACUCGGCGGGCUGCUGAAGGUGGACUGCCUGGCAUCAGGACUGCCUGACCCAGCAGUCCGCUGGAGCCUACCAGAUGGGACCAUGGUGAACAGCGUGCUGCAGGGGGAAGACAGAGGAGGGCGAGCACGGAGGCUAACAGUGUUUGACAACGGGACAUUAUUGGUUCCAGCAGUGGGUAUAGGAGAGGAAGGGGAGUAUACUUGUUAUGCUGAGAACCAAGGAGGGCAGGACAGCAUGAAGGUCAAAGUUAAGGUCAUGAUGACUUCUCCACCAACAUUCACUGAUAACCCAACCUAUGACAUCAUCAGAGUGCGACAGGGAGCCACUGCCACCAUUCGCUGCCGAGCCACAGGAGACCCUGCCCCAGCAGUGACAUGGCUUUCCCCAAACAACCGCGUCAUCCCACGAAGAUCAGGUUCUGGUUAUUUUACUGAGCGGAUUGUGAUGGUUUCGGAUGGAACGCUGGAAGUGCGUCUGGCCCAGAGGGGUGACUCUGGGAACUACACCUGCCGAGCAAGCAGCUCUGCUGGGGAGAGCAGAAGGGUGGUGGGCCUGGAAGUGGAAGUCCCUAACCAUGGACUGAACAGCUGGGUGGGGGCAAGUGGAAUUAAUGUGGGAGUCAAUGGAAGAGGAAGGGUUGCUAGCCAUGGGCCUGUUAGUGGCAAUGGGUUAGCAGGGACUAGUAAUAAUGAAGUCUCAAAGGGUAGGACUAGUAGUGACGGUAACAAUGGUGUAGUCAAUAGUAGGACAAGUGGUACUUAUAGUGAUACUGGACUAAGCAGUGUAUCUAAUGAUGGAGGUGGUACUAGCAUACUGAGAGGAGAUGAGUUCACUAGGAAUACUAAUACAGGAGUGAUUAGCAGUGCAACUAUUCUCAAGAGCAGGAAUAAUGGUAAUAAUAAUAAUUCUACUAACACGGUUAUUGGUAAGGUACCACCAGUGAAGCAGCCAGUGGUCAAAGGUCAAACUGUUCUUUUGCCAUGCCCCUCUCAUGGCUCCCCUCCCCCUCGUUUGGCCUGGCUUCUGCCAGGUAACGGUAUUUUACCGGCUCCUUACUAUGGCAGCCGUCUUACUGUGCACCGGAACGGCUCCCUGGAGCUACGGGGCGUACGGGCAAGUGAUGCCGGGAUUUUUGUAUGUGUGGUGAAAAGCGAGAGAGAAGAGACCAGGAUACAGGUGGAGCUAGUGGUCUCUGAGACGCAGGAGGAGGCCAAAACGCCAUACAGGGGACCGGCUGUAGAAAGACCUGCACCGAAAAAUCCUGUUUCAUUUGGGGCGGCUCACUUGGAACCGGAUUCAGUUCGCUCCUUAAACCCACCACCAGUGUUACCUGAGAGGGUUCUUCCAAGAAUCCUAGUUACUGAAAAGCCUCUACAGAGGGGAUCAUUUUUACCUGCUGCACAACGCCCAGCAGGCGCAGUCCCAGAGCCAGUUGUGAGCACCAAGACAGCUUCCCUUGUAAGCAUCAUUAAUGGAGAGACCCUUCGGUUACCCUGCCCUGCUUCUCAAAGCCCCGGCUACACCCGGAGUUCCCUCUCCUGGACUUUACCCAGUGGGAAGGUGCUCUCUCAGGGUGAGAGUGGGGACUCGGGCCGAUACUCAGUCCUGGGAGAUGGUAUGCUCAUAGUCCAACAGGCAUCUGUGUUCGACCGCGGCUCCUACUCCUGCCGAUCCGCCAAUCACAACUCUUCCUCCGUCUCAGUCCUCACGGUCCCUGUGAUCGUCAUCGCUUACCCCCCACGGAUCACGACAGGCCCCUCCCCGGUGACCUACACACACCCUGGUGUUGCUGUGGAGCUGCCCUGCCUUACGAUAGCAACACCCAGGGCGACCGUUACCUGGGAAACACCAGACCUGUCACAGCUGAGGGUGACGGGUCAGCCACGUAUCUAUGGCAACCGCUACCUUAGUGCUCAGGGUUCCCUGGUGAUUCAGAACCCGACGAGUAGGGAUACAGGAUUUUAUAGAUGUACCGCCAAGAAUGUUAUAGGAACUGACACCAAGGCUACCUAUCUGCAUGUUAUAUAAUGGAGCGAUGCGAACAACACACAAAGACA